GGCAAAAUUGCAAAUCACCAAAGAACUUUUCCCCAUUGCAUAGAGAGCUCAUACAAAACACUGAACCAGACAGGCUCAACACAGAAAGCCAAGGUUUUUCAAACUCCCCAAAGUCCAAGGUUGCAUGGAUUUCUCUGCUCAUGGUUUAGAGGGAGAGACAUUGCAGCUUUGGAUGCACAUGUUGUGAUUGGUAUUUAAAUUUUGUUAGUUUCUGCGCGAAAGUCAGGUCUUGAGAUAAGAGUAGAGUAGAAUAGAUUGCUUGUUCAUUAAGUGAUGGGGUCUAUAUGGAAUCUUUUGUAUUUGCUGGAGCCUGCACCUGUUUCUCUGAUUUUAACGGCAGUAGGUGUUACUUUUGGGUCUGCAUUUCGUGCUCUAAAUUAUGGAAAAGAAAUGGAGCGGAAUCGUGACUUUUCAGAAGCAUCGAUUACGUUAGAUAGGUCACAAGCACUCAUGAUCCCUGUAAUGAGCUCCCUAAGCUUGCUUUUGAUGUUCUACCUCUUCACUUCUGUUUCACAACUCCUGACUGUAUUCACAGCCAUUGCAUCCGUCUCCUCCCUGUUUUUCUGCCUAUCUCCUUCAGUAGCCUAUUUGAAGUCACAGCUUGGUUUGCCCGACCCCUAUGUGUCGAGGUGUUGUUCGAAGUCGUUUACACGCACCCAAGGAUCGUUACUGGUUUUAUGCAUUGGUACAGUUGCUGCUUGGCUUGUUACUGGACAUUGGAUACUGAACAACUUGUUGGGCAUUUCUAUAUGUAUUGCCUUUGUGAGUCAUGUCCGUCUUCCAAAUAUCAAGGUUUGUGCAAUGCUUCUUGUCUGUCUAUUCGUAUACGACAUAUUCUGGGUCUUCUUCUCUGAGAGAUUUUUUGGGGCGAAUGUCAUGGUAUCGGUAGCAACACAACAAGCCUCAAACCCCGUUCACACGGUGGCAAAUAGUUUGAGUCUUCCUGGGCUGCAAAUGGUGACAAAGAAGUUGGAGUUGCCCGUGAAGAUUGUCUUCCCCAGGAACUUAUUUGGUGGAGUGACUCCCGGAGGAAGUACCAGAGACUUCAUGAUGCUCGGUCUGGGUGACAUGGCAAUUCCUGCCAUGCUUCUGGCAUUAGUCCUAUGUUUUGAUUAUCGAAAAAGCAGGGACACAGUAAAUUUGCUAGAUAUGCAUUCCUCAAAGGGGCACAAAUAUAUUUGGUAUGCCCUUCCUGGAUAUGCCUUUGGACUGGUCACAGCUUUAGCAGCUGGAGUUUUGACCCAGUCACCCCAACCUGCUCUUCUCUAUUUGGUGCCCUCAACGCUAGGACCAAUUGUCAUCAUUUCUUGGAUUAGGAAGGAACUAGCAGAAUUAUGGGAUGGCCCUUUGCCAAGCUUCAACGAUAAAGUUCACCAGAUAGAAGUAUGAGCCAAUUUGGUCUUACAACCUCAGUUGCUUUGCAGAGGAAAUUGAAAAUUGUACAUUGACUUGGGGAAGAGUUCAUCCUCCUUGAAAAACCUGAGUAGAAAUUAGCAAUCAAUGUUUAUUUACUCGUAUCUGAACUUGCUUCAAAUAUUUCCCUUAAAAGUUCGGCCCCUGAGAACUGUCAUACCCUUACAGAUACCUCUUUGAAAUAAGAAACCAUACUUUCUUUUCUUGCUAAAA